AUUUAGUUCGUCCAGCUAACAUGAUAUGGCCUCAAUCUCUUGUCUUCGCUUCUAUGUACAACACAUUACAUGGCAAUGGCAAUGUUUCAGAAACAAAUGAUAAAAUUCGAUUUUUUAUCGUCGCUUUUAUUUCAAUGUUCAUUUGGCAGUUUGUGCCAGAAUAUAUAUUUCCUUGGUUAGCCGGUGCAGCCAUGUUAUGCCUUAUCGCUCCAAAUAAUAAUGCGGUAAAGACAUUGGGAAGUGUUUAUAGUGGUGCUGGGAUUCUUAGCUUUUCCUUUGAUUGGAAUGCUAUUAGUCAAGUUUCUCCUCUGUUCACUCCAUGGUAA